CUUUUAUUUCUCCCACUGGUUUCUUCUCGUUCUAUAAAGCUGGCUACUGCCGGCCUACGCACACUCGCACUUUCUUCCCUCUUCACCCUCAACUGCAGCCACGCGCUUCUGCAUUUUCACACUCCGAAGAGACCCAAGCUAAUGGCUAACGAGAUUGGAUUCUUCCAAUUGAACACUGGAGCUAAGAUACCGUCGGUCGCGCUGGGCACAUGGCAGGCCGAACCUGGUCUCGUCGGUGAUGCCGUAGUCGCCGGCAUCAAGGUUUUUUUGCUUGUUAUUUUUCUCUUUUCAAACAAACAUCAACCGAUGGUCUGGUUAUCAAUUACAGUUUUCGGUUCUUCUUCAAUGCAGAUUGGUUACCGCCAUAUUGAUUGUGCUCAAGCUUAUGACAACGAGAAGGAGAUUGGUUCAGUGUUGAAGAAGCUCUUUGAGGACGGUGUAGUGAAGCGUGAGGAUUUGUUUAUUACCUCCAAACUCUGGUGCUCUAAUCAUGAACCAGAAGAUGUGGUACAGGCAUUGGAAGGAACUCUGCGGGACUUGCAGCUUGAUUAUGUUGAUUUAUACCUUAUCCAUUGGCCAGUUAAGUUCAAGAAGGGGUCAGUUGGCUUCAAGCCUGAGAACUUUGAUCAACCAGACAUUCCUAGAACAUGGAAGGCAAUGGAAGCACUCUAUGAUUCUGGCAAGGCUCGUGCUAUUGGUGUGAGUAAUUUUUCUUCAAAGAAACUGGGGGAUUUGCUAGAGGUGGCACGCGUUCCUCCUGCUGUGAAUCAGGUGGAGUGUCAUCCUUCAUGGCAGCAGGCUAAGCUGCGUGCAUUUUGUCAGUCCAAGGGAGUUCACCUAUCUGGAUAUUCACCUUUAGGAUCCCCUGGCACCACAUGGCUUAAGAGUGAUGUCCUUAAGAAUCCAAUCGUGAAUGAGGUUGCGGAGAAAUUGGGAAAAACUCCUGCCCAAGUUGCCCUUCGCUGGGGCCUGCAAAUGGGCCAUAGCGUGCUUCCUAAGAGUGUAAAAGAAGAAAGGAUCAAAGAGAACUUUGAUAUCUUCGAAUGGUCUAUUCCAGAGGACUUGUUUGCUAAGUUUUCUGAAAUUGAGCAGGCAAGACUGGUCAAGGGGACUUCAUUUGUCCAUGAGACAUUUGGGCCGUAUAGGACCAUCGAGGAAGUAUGGGAUGGUGAGAUCUAAGAAGUAGGUGUUUGGAUGUACGGUGUGAGAGAAGGGCGAGUAUUAAUUGAUUUUGAUGUAUGUCAAAUGUCAACAACAAUACGUGCUUUUUCCAUUUGUUUUACUUAUGUUUGUUGGUUCUGUUGAAGGACGGGUUUAUUCAUUGUUGCCUGCUAAAAGCUGCAUUUGUAGAGGAGAAAUGGUGUGUCAU